ACGACGGUAUUACCGCCGCGCCGCGUCGCGCCGGAAGGAUGAAAAUACGGUCGGCCGAUUGGCCAUUGCACUCGACGAUGCACCGCGAGACAGAAUCGACCCUCCACCUUCGUCCCUUCUCUCUCUCUCUCCUCUACUCGUCUCGUUUUGCUUUUUUUUUUCUUAGUGACUGUGUAACCACUCCCUGCCCGGUUCUGUCGGACGUUCGCCGCAGUUCACCGUCUGCAAGAACGCACCGACCUACCGUGUAUCGUCACGCACGAUCGACGCAAUCGGUACAACACAUCGGUUAUAGUUUGUUCUGUUUUCUUCACGACGCGACGGUGAAGCUCCCAGCGAUUUAUAAAAUUGACAUGAGAAUGAAAAAUCAAAAAAUCUUGGCGAAACUUUGUAAAACGCUGGCAACGAGUGGAUUUACGGAAUGAGGAACGACCCUUUGAACGAUGAUCUUUUUCAGUAUUGUGACGAGAGAAAAGUGGCUCCUAUGCCACUAAUGAGUGCCCAACAUGAUUUACGAUGGUGGGGGUUCAGAUUAAUAGGGGUAUCAAAGGUGACCUUCACUAAUUAUUUUAGAGAGUCGCCUAAUCCAAGAAUACAUCUUCCAUUCAAGAUCACGGCCAAUAUAAUGGAAAUGGCAUACUAUGACCUUUAUCGACUGGGAGAUCUCAUCGGGAUUCACAGUCUGGCGAGCGUCUGCGCGCGAUCGGCGGAUUGUAAUGUUCGAUCACGGUCACGAUUCGCGCCUAUUCGAGCAGCUAAAAAAGAUGAGUAACACAACAUGAAACGUGAACAACACAUGCAAGUAAAAAAGAAGAAAAAGGGGACAAAGAAGAGGAAGAUAUAAAAGGUCAAAGGCGAACCUACUUCAAUGACUUGGAGAUCAAAGACUAAACUUGUUCUUUUUUUGCUUGUCGAGAUUGGACGGAGAAACAUUCUUGUGACAAUCUUAACCGUUAGAUUGCAUCCAUCCAAAAGGAUAACACAUUUUAUCAGUCCA